AUGAAAGUAUGGGACCGCGAUGAGGAAGCACGGGCUUUGCUGCGUAGUUUCUCGUUAGCGGGAUGGAGGAGGGGAUUACCCGGACCCACAAAACUAGAUGGCGUCAAAACCUACAUGCGCAUGCGACGGGUCCCAAACCACUUGCAAGUGAAGGUCAUUAAGUGGUUCGACUAUCUGUGGCUGACACAGAAGUGCUCAGACGAGGAGAAGGCUGUGUCGUGUCUUCCCGAUAAAUUAAAAGCAGAGAUAGCUAUAAAUGUUCACCUUGAUACUCUUAAGAGGGUGGAGAUUUUUCAGAACACUGAAGCCGGUUUUUUAUGCGAGCUCGUGUUAAGACUUCGCCCAGUCCUGUUUUCACCAGGGGAUUAUAUCUGCAGAAAAGGGGAAGUCGGAAAGGAGAUGUACAUAGUGAAUCGUGGGAAACUGCAGGUGAUGGGUGACAACGGAAAAACUGUGCUGGCAACACUAAAAGCGGGUUCUUAUUUUGGCGAAAUUUCAAUUCUGAAUAUGGGGACCGCAGGUAAACAACUUGGCAACCGUCGGACAGCGUCUGUACGAUCCGUGGGAUAUUCGGACCUGUUUGUGCUGAGCAAGAACGAUAUGUGGGAUGUGCUAAAAGAGUAUCCGGCUGCCCGCGUCCGGCUCGAAGCAAUCGCAGUCAAGAGACUUGAGAAGUACAGAAGGGUGCCAGUUGACAAAGUAGGCAUGGGACGUUGCCAUUCGACUCCUGGUAUUAUGGAGGCCAUUCGCAAAGAGGACGUGAAGCCCUACCAACAGCCUUUGGGUCUACCAAUCCAUUCGUCGCAUCCACCUUCCUUCCCGGACCAAAUUAAUAGUUCGUCAGGUAGUCCUCUACGUGUAGCAUCACCAGUGGUAUCAUGUGGUUCAAGUGCCCGCAGCAGCGCCGCAGGCCCUGGUAGCAUGACGACCACAGGCCCCAAAGUGAUUCGCGACUCCCAUGAUGCGCUAGAGUCAGAAAUAAAGAGACUGCGCGAGCGACUGUAUACGGUGGAAACUGAAAAUGCAGCCAUGUCAGCUAAACUAAACCAGCAGCAAUGGGAAGUUGAUCAAAGAUUGCAAGAAAUAGAGAUGCAGAUCUGUGGCGGAAGUUCUUCGAGCUCACAGGAGGAGAAUGAACGAAACAGGGAGAGCAUUAUAUAA